UUUCGUACAGAAUCAAAAGUUUGAAGAUGGAUACAGAUCCUCGUCAAUCAAUCCAUCAUUUCGUUGAGAAGCAUAUUAGUAUAAUAAAGUAUAUUUCAGACUAUCAAAACAACUGGACGCUUGUACAAAUAUGUAUCUGCUAUUCGAGCUUUGCAAUACCACUCUACUUCUUGGAUUAUGUACAUACAGCAUUAUAGCGAAUAUCGCCGCAAACGAAAUGGAGAUCGUAUUGAAUUAUGUAGUAUACGUGGUCAAUGUUUUAAUCUUCGUGUUCAUUAACUGUCACAUGGGCCAAUGUCUCAACGAUCAGUCUAUGAUACUCUUCACCACUUUGUCUGAAUUUGAAUGGUUUAAUCUGCCCCUUGCAUUUCGCAAAUUCUCAAUAAUUUGUAUGUUACAAGCACAGAAUCCAUUACAAAUGACAGCUGGACAUUUCUACCAAUUCUCAUUGUACAGUUUUACACAGAUUCUGAAAACAUCGAUGGCCUACGCUUCAAUGUUGAGAACUAUUGUUUGAUGGAAAAUGUUGGGCCAUAUCCUUCAAUAGAAUAGUCGAAUUGUAUUCUAGUAAUAAAAAUUAACGAUGCUUAUAAUUGUUGUUGGGCAAACAAAAAAAUUGAAUGUCCCUGCAA